AUGAACCAUGAAGGAAAGGUCCAGAAUAUACGGUCGAUUUCCCUUCGCAACCUCUACCUCUCGUCCAGCCACCACCACGACGAUGCCCACCGGUUCAAGGCGGUCGAAGACGUGCAGCCUCGCCGUAUGAGUCUCAUCCAGACGGUGCCUGAGCUUGAGCGCCCUGGCACCCACACAGAGCUCUUCGACAUCAACAACCGCACAUUGGUGGACUCGUUCGUCACCUUGCACCUCGCAGAGCCGCUGGAGCGGCUCCUCUACGUCAGCGAGGUCCGCCUGUGCACCAUGAACCCCAGCUUCAGCCAGAUAUCGCUCCCGUUUGUGCCCAAGAACACCCACCGGGUGGUGCUCCGGGUGUGGUGCAAGCACCACUUCGUGCCGCUGGCGUGGGUGCUCCAUACGGAGGCCAGGAUCGACUUACGCAAGCUCGAGUACUUUGGCGACUCCACCGUCAACUUGGAGGACUUGUUCCAGCUCAACUCAGUGAUCUUCGACCUCGGCGGCAAGUUGUUCACUCUCCCUCAGUCGCUAGCAGUCAACCCCGCGAGAUUCCUGCCAGCGACAAAACACACCCGCACCAUGUCCACCAAACAGGGCCACUCCUAUACCAUCGACGACGUGAGGGCAUUGAGCAGCCUCUCGCGGUCGCUCCAGGAGUUGACGGUAGCAAAGCACCGUCUAGCACGCGACAUACAUCACCACAUGGGUGUGCUCCACGACUCUUCAUCCCUCAACAACAUCACCAUGGCCGUGGACAGGCUUCGCAGCCGGGUAGCGAGCCUCGAUUCGGCUCUCGCCAGGCAGCGCGCGCGCAACGACACCUUGUCGUCCGAAAUCCUCGCUAGCCGGGUGCGCAUCAACCAUAUUACCGAGAUGAGCCAGGGCAAAAAACGGUCGCUAGCGGAAAUGAGCGCCCUGCAGAGCGAGCUCGCCCAGGCCCAGGUGGACCCCAUCCAGGAGUCGCUCCAGGCGUCGGUGUUUCCGUCGAUCAUGGGCCAGUUGCAGGCGUGCACCGCAGUAGUGAGCCAGAUGUUCCCUAUCGCCAAUGUCAGCAACAGCGUGCGGUUCACCAUCAUGGAAAUCGCGUUUCCCGCCACCAUAAAGGAGCUCUUGGAGAUCUGCUACUACAACAAGGGUCCCAGUGCUGACAGUGCAGACGGCGCAGACGGCGUGCUGCACGAGUCACGGGUGCUGGCCAUCAAUAGCGCUCUCUCGUACAUCGUCCAGUUGAUCAACGUGUUGGCAGACAUCACCAACACCAACCUCAAAUACCCCAUGGUCAACUGCGGCAACGCCAGCGUGAUCCUCGACCCCGUGAUGGCAGAACGGCUUACGCUGGGCGACGCCAGCGCCGACACUCUGGCUUCAUACCCGUUGUACUACGACCCGUUGGCCACCGAGCGGUUGGCAGUGGACGCAGAAACCUUGGGAGGGCACCUCAUGAGAAACGGAGCGUUUGAGCAGGGCCUCAACAUGAUGAACAAGAACCUCUUUCUCUUGAUCAACAACAUCACGCGACUCUACAGCGAGUUCCGCUGGGACAGCCACGGCGGCGUGGGCACCUCCACCGUUCCUAUUGACUGUCCCGACAACUUCUUGUGGAAUUUGCAGUAUUUGGUGCUCUUUCUCACCGCGCCUGCGUAG